AGGAACCACCAAUGCUGAACUACAGCGGACGAAAGGGCUCCCGUUCCUUGCUACCAGACUUGCCUGUCAAAAAUGGUCGAGCAGAGGACUAUACCACGCCAACAUUUGGGACACAGACACCCAGGAGAAAGGUUUCCGACCUCGGAGCAGAAUCAAGUCAGGAUGGCAAGAGUUCACAAUCACAGUCUAGAAGGAGGAGACGGGGAUCCAACAAGGACCGUAGUACUGGACGAUCUUGGCAGCCAAAGGAGAUCCAAGCCGAACAGUUGCAGGUAGAGGCUGCCAGGAUGCAGGCAAUGGAAGAGGCUGAACGAGCAAAGGCAGAGAAGGAAGCCGCAGCUACAGCAGCUGCAGAAGCACAGGAUGGUAAGAGUUCACAUUCACUGUGUAGAAGGAGGAGACGGGGAUCCAACAAGGACCGUAGUGCUGGACGAUCUUGGCAGCCAAAGGAGAUCCAAGAUGAACAGUUGCAGGUAGAGGCUGCCAGGAUGCAGGCAAUGGAAGAGGCUGAACGAGCAAAGGCAGAGGAGGAAGCCGCAGCUGCAGCAGCUGCAGAAGCGCAGGCUGCAAGGAUUCAGGCUUUGGAAGAAAAAGAGGCCGCUGUGAGAAGAGCCUUGGCAGAAGAGGCGGCUAGGAUGCAGAGGGAAGCAGAAGAGGCAGAAAUGAGGCCACAGCAAGAAGCACAGGCAGCAGCACUUCAGGCUGCAAAGAUGAGAGCCAUCCAAGAACAGGAGGCUACAAGAUGGCCUCAAGAACGAUCUCAAGAGGAACACGGGACCUUGCUCACGGCGCAGCGGAAGGGCUCAAUGUCCUUGCUGCCGGAGCCAGAGGCUGAAAAGAGCCAACCUUUGCAGACGAGCCCACCUUUGCAGACGAGCCCACAGGCAGUUGUCUCAAAUGUAGCGAGGGCUCGCCAGGUAGCACAGCCCAAGUUUGCUAGAGGUGCCCCACAGGCGAGAUCUUCGAAGUCUUUGCCACCGAAAAAAGAGGCCUCGACAGGAUGUGAAUCGAUGGCCGGAAAGGCUAGCUCCAUCCAUUACACUCAACCCCAGGUUCAAGCCAGACUGAUGGAGGAACCACCAAUGCUGAACUACAACGGAUGCCAGGGCUCCCUGUCCUUGUUACCAGACUUGCCCGCCAAGCCACAGACUCAGGAAGUCUGUGCCGCCCUUGACAAGAUGGAGGCUCAGCGCAAAGACUUGCCGCAGGACGAUGUGCAAGAGGCGUCGAACUUGUCGCUUCAAGACUGGGCAGAGGGGCAUCACAACGGUGACAAAGACAGUCGGAAAGAGGGCCAUACCACGCCAACAUCUGGGACACAGACGCCAAGGACGAAGGCCCUCUCCGAGCCCAACUCCGACUCUGGCCCAGAAACGAUGGAGCGGGUGUUUUCCUUGUCUGCAUUGGAUUCACUUCUUCAAGAUCCAGAGGGCAAAGCUGAUCUCCGGCAUCAACUUGAACUUGAUGAACUGGAAGAUCGAAGACCCAAGUACACAUCGCGCCACUUAAACAGACCUGUGGUGGUUGUGUCCUCUGAGGUGAACCCGUGGUCAAAAACAGGUGGCCUUGCGAUGGUGGCAGGUUCGUAUGGCUAUGAAUUUGCCAUGCGAGGACAUCGCACAAUGGUUGUGUCGCCUCGCUAUGACGCCUAUGAUGGUGCUCACUACGUCGGCUACGCCAAGAUUUGGUUAGAUGGAAGAGAGCACGAGGUUCAGUUCUUCCAUCUCUAUCAAGAUCUUGGUGAUGGCAAUGGCACAGACUACAUCUUUGUUGGUCAUGAUUGUUUCAGGCGUGGGGGUCUGUAUUGCGACCCUCACACUGGCAAGGAGUACCUUGACAACCUGUUCCGCUUCUCUCUUCUUACGGUUGCUGCGCUGGAAGCCCCACUGAUUUUAAACAUUCGGGGCCAAACCUUUGGGCAGGAUGUUCUGUUUAUCGCCAACGACUGGCAGACUGGUUUGUUGCCGAUCUACCAUCUCUACAAGUACCGCCGCAACAACACCUACAGAAAUUCCAGAUGCGUGUUCGUGAUCCACAACAUUGGCUAUCAGGGCAAGUAUCGCUUGAGCAAGUUCCCAAUUGACAGCUAUCUAGGACUUCCACCGGAUGCAAUUGGCCUUCUGCAGGGUGAGGACUUGAACUUGGGCGAUGAUUGCAUGAACCUCAUGUCGGCUGCAAUCCUGGCAAGUGACAGAGUUCUGACGGUCUCACCAAACUAUGCUGCGGAGAUUCAGAGCCCGGAAGGAGGUCAAGGACUACAUGAAAUUCUUCAGCAGAAAGGUCACCAGCAGCGCAUGGCUGGCAUCCUGAAUGGUAUCGCAGACGAAUGGAGCCCAAAGACAGACCCGCAUAUUCCGACCAACUAUAGCCUCAGAAACUUUGAUGAAGGCAAGGCACUGUGCAAAAAGGAAUUGCAGAGAUCCUUGGGUUUACAUGAAGAUCCUGGAGCUGCUUUGAUCGGCUUCUGCGGCCGUUUGUGCUACCAGAAGGGUGUUCACCUCAUCACACAGAUCAUCCCGUGGUUACUCACCUACGAAUCCAGUGGAGUACUAGGACGCGUGCAAAUCAUUCUGAUGGGCAAAGGCGACGACACCUAUGCAAACCAGUUGUCGGAUGCCGAGAAUCACAACAAAGGACGGGUCUGUAGCUACGUUGGAUUUGACCCAAAGAUCGAGCACCGCAUGCUAGCAGGCUGCGACUUCCUCAUGAUGCCGUCCCAAUAUGAACCAUGUGGCCUUCCACAGAUGUAUGCUCAAGCAUACGGAACUGUGCCAGUGGUCCACGAAACUGGAGGUCUGAAGGAUUCUGUCUCUGGACUUUGGCAUGAGCACAGGGACCGCGAAACUGCAACAGGGUUCCUGUUCUGUGGCUUCGAUGAGAAUCAUUUGAAGGAGCGAAUGUAUCAGGCCCUGGAGGUGUUCCACAAGAAGCACGACCUUUUCAGACAAAUCCAAAUGAAUGGUCUUGGGAAAAACUACUACUGGCCUCAGGCCAUUGACGAGUACGAACGCCAACUUGAUUGGACUUUGGACAGUGACGCAGCCGUGAGCUAGAGCUCAGCUCGUCUCGGUCAGGUGCAUUCAGGUGCUGAAAACGGUGCUAGAUACCUUUUGUACUGGCACAGCAAUUACAACAUUUACACAGGGUCUUCCUGAUGCUAAUGAUAU